AUGGAUAGUGGAAAAACUUUUGAUUCCAUUCCUAAUGAUCUCCUCAUCGAGAUAGUCUCGAGAUUGCCAGCAAAAUCAGUAGCGAGGUUUCGUUGCGUGUCGAAGCAAUGGAAGUCCUUGGCGCUAACCAGGUCAGGGUUUCACCGUGAUGAUUUCACCGACUUGUUAACCAGAUCCUCCGCUCGUCCACCACGUCUCUUAUUUGGGGUAGCAAAAGACGGUGAGUGGAGCUUUUACUCAACUCCUUUGCCUCAGAAUCCAUAUGACAAGUCUUCGUCUCUUGUAGUAGCCCCCGAUUCUCAUAUCAAGUUCUCUAAAGGCAUAAGCGAAUACAGGUGUAGCUAUGCCUCUGGAUUGAUCUAUUUUCAUAAUAUGCACAUCCCAAGGGAAGAUGAAGAUGUAAAGCGUGUGAUAUAUAACCCUCUCACGGGACAGUAUGUGAUCUUACCUGAACUUAGAGGUCAUUCGUAUACCUAUAGCUAUUUAGGGUUUGAUCCGAUUGACAAGGAAUUCAAGGUCUUGGUCAUGAGUACUUUUAACUAUAUAGCUUCUAGUGAUACGGAUCAUUAUAUCUUGACACUAGGAUCUGGAGAACUGAGGUGGAGGAAGAUCCGUUGUCCUUUUACCCAUGAGCCUGUGUGGGAAAGGAUUUGCAUCAAUGGUGUUUUGUAUUACUUAGCUAUAGAUACUAAUGGAUGGCCUUAUGUGAUAGUUUGCUUUGAUGUUAGAACUGAGAAAUUCAAGUUCAUACACCUCCCACAACACUAUCGUUCCCCCUUGAUAAACUAUAAGGGGAAAUUAUGUUUGUUUAAUUUGGAGUAUGGUAGGUUUGCCAUUAAGUUUAGUGUGCGGGUUCUAGAGGAUGUCGAGAAAGAGAAAUGGACGACAUAUGCCUACACUUUGAGACGUGAGAGUGAAGUUGUUAAGGUUAACAACAAUCUAAGUGUUGUUGGGGUUACUGCUUCAGGUGAAAUUGUUUUGUCGAUUGUGGAGUAUCAGUGUCAUCCGGUUUAUGUUUUCUACUAUAACCCCGAGAGGGACACUCUCCAAAGUGUUGAAAUCCAAGGUGUUGGUGGUGCUAAUAGUGAUUGCAGAUUAUACGCCUUUUUAGAUUAUGUAGAGGAUCUUUGUGUUAAUGAUGCAAUGCAACUCAAGUCAAUCCCUUUACCAUCAGUCCAAAAUUUCGUUCCCAAGAGGCCAGAACCACAACAACGUACGCAUACAUUUCCUGACCUCUCCAAGUCUCCUCAAUCUGUGCAGAGCAAGGAGCAGAAGAGCAAGGAGCAGAAGAGAAAGGAGCAGAACAACUACGAAUCAUCAUCAGCUAACAUGAUCAAUCUCUCUAUUGGCUUAGCUAGUUUUUGUUUUGGUUUUUCUUUCGUUUUCUCUUACCUCUACUAUUCUGUUAGGCUUAAUUAG